CCACGAGCCGGGUACGACUGUCCUUUCUGAAAAACUAGCUGAAAGGAGUACAGCUCCGGGGGUUAGGUACCUGAACGAAAGAAACCAAAUAAAGUAACACAACUAAGGAACUAAGUUGUUUUUUUUUUAAGAAAAAAACGAAAAUGCCCGCGAAUAAGGAAGGCGACGGCGGAUGGAAGACCUUUCUGUGGAAUUCUGAAAAGAGUGAAUUUUUAGGACGUACCGGCAGCAGUUGGCUUAAAAUCUUCAUCUUUUAUGUAAUCUUCUAUGGCUGCUUGGCUGGAAUUUUCAUUGGCACCAUCCAGGCGAUGCUCUUGACCCUUAGCAACUACAAGCCCACGUACCAGGACCGAGUUGCACCCCCAGGCUUAUCCCACACCCCUCGCUCUGAUAAAUCCGAGAUCUCAUUCAGCAUGCAAGAUGAGGAUACUUAUAGAGUAUAUGUAAAAGAAAUGAAAGACCUGCUGGAGGCAUAUAAAGAUGAGAAACAGACGGAUGAAAGGAACUUUGAAGACUGUGGUGAGUCUCCUAGCAAAUACAUUGAACGUGGGGACUUGGAAAGUGACACAGGCGUAAGGAAGGCCUGCCGCUUCAAGAGGUCCUGGCUGGGAGACUGCUCAGGCCUGGAUGACACCAGCUUCGGCUUUAAGGAUGGAAAACCCUGCCUUAUUGUCAAGCUCAACAGAAUUGUCAAUUUCAGACCCAGGCCUCCCAAAUCCAAUUCCUCAUUCCCUGCGGCUGCUAGUGGGCCGCUUUCACAACAUUUGAUUCCUGUUUACUGCUACAACAAGAAAGAAGAAGAUGCUGACAAAGUCAAAGGGAUUAAGUACUUUGGCCUGGGCCAAGGAUACCCACUGCAGUACUAUCCUUACUAUGGCAAGCUGCUACACCCCAAUUACCUCCAGCCUCUUGUGGGCAUUCAGUUCACCAACAUUACCCAUGGUAUGGAGCUGCGUAUUGAGUGCAAAAUAUUCGGAGAAAACAUUGAUUACAGUGAAAAAGACCGUUAUCAGGGACGUUUUGAGGUCAAAAUCAUGGUCAAAUCAUGACCACAGCUAUGAAAAUAGCGCUUUUACUCUGCCCAUUUCAAAACAUAAUAAUUUAGACAGAUGAAAAAAAUAAGAGAUUUCAAUUAAAUAAAACAAAACGAAAACCACGACUAGUCUUGAACAAACUUUCAUAACAUACGGGACCUACACUUAAUCUGUAUUCUUUACACUAGCUUUCUCUGCAUAUGUCUAGGGUUAGAAUGUAAACAUUACAGGAAGAGUAGCAAUAGCAAAGUAUUUAUUCUACUGUAAAUGAGAAUAUUCCUUGAGCCAUGGGACAUGUUCAUUCAUUACUGUAAAUUAUGAUUCCACUACUGAUGUAGCGAGCAGUGUUUCUGUCCCUGAGUAUUUCUGCCUAGUGUGGUCUCGCUCUAUAUUUUUGGAGUGUGCAGUACAGUAGUCGCAUACAAUGGUCCUUUCCAAGCCAUGUUAUAAUUUCUGUUGUCUUAUGUGAGUCAGUUUAGUGGUCCAAGGUGUGUGUGUGUGUAAAAGAGUGAGAGGGGGCUUUGUGUGUGUGUGUGUGUGUGUGUGUGUGUGUGUGUGUGUGUGUGUGUGUUUGUAUUUGUACAAUAAAAAAAGAAAAUAGUGGCAUGGUACGCGCUGAUAUCCCCAGGUCCGUAUGUGAGUAAAUGACUGCACUCCAUGGAAUCUUUUUUCCUUCUAUUUUUGACUUAUUUUGUUGAUUGUGGGGAAACUUUUGCAUCACUUCUUCUCUUAUUUGAUCAUCUUGCAGUGUGGGAUUUUGGGGUUAAUGGCAUUUCUGUAUAAGGCUUUUACUUUCUUUUGUUUUCAAGUGUAGAACUGUGUGUAUCUAGUCUGGAGAAUGGGCUCCACUCUAGAAUGGAGGACUGUUCCUCCCUAUGGUCACCGUGGCAACUCAGUGCUUUAAUUUAAUUUUUUUUUUCCUUUUUUUUUGCUGGAGACAUCACAAUGUGGUGUAACUUUCUAAUGAAUGUUUUAGCCAUUUACAUGGUGGAAGAAUUUUAUAUUUAUGCAGUUGUACAAUUUUUUUUUCUGCAGGAAAAAGUGUAUAGUAUGAAUCCAGAUACCAAAGUCACUGGUCAGAGUUACUUAUCAGAUUCAAUGCAGUACCCCAUGUAAUAUGAUGUUUUGUCAAUGUUAAAAGUGCUUAAACGUCAAUGUUGAAAAUAAGAACACCUGUCAGGAGUUACAUCUGCUCUUGUCAUUUUAUUUAAUACAGGUAAGGCCUAAACAAAUAAAUGUACAACCAACCA